CGUUGCUCGGCCAGACGAUUAAGAUACUCGGACCACGAGUAUCUUGGAAAUAUCGGCUCUAAAUGGCCGGAAGAAUAUGAUAUUUAUUAUAGGGGAGCAUGAGGCUGUGAUGUCAUGAAGUGAAGUGACUCGCGAAACCACCUGAAGACGCGACACGCUUUGUCGAGGUCGAAGGACUGUAGCCCAAACCUGAGAAGGCCAAAGACUGGACUCUCACAGCUAUGUAAUAAUCUGCAAAAAUGUGCGGCAGAUACGCGCUCGCACUUCGACCAUCCCAGGUCAUGAGAUACCUGCAAGAUGAGAACAUGCAGGUAGAUGAAGCUCCAGACGACGAAGGAGAUGGUGCCCCGCGACAAUCGUACAAUUUCGCACCUGGCUACCACGGCAUCGUCUAUCGCGCAGACGUGCCAGACUAUGGAGCAGGUCCUAGACAUCACAAGAAGGGUGAGGGAGAGCCAGAGGAAGAGGAAGCGUCUGCGGAUACUGCUACAGAGCAAGACCAAGGAGAAGUCAGAUACAAGCUUCAAUCAAUGAAGUGGGGUCUCAUUCCUUUCUGGACGAAACGCAAUCCUGAUUACGGCUCCAUGAUGAAGACGAUCAAUUGUCGAGACGAUUCAUUAAUUGAGAACAAGGGCAUGUGGAAUACGAUGAAGCAGCGGAAGCGCUGUAUUGUUGUUGCUCAGGGCUUCUAUGAGUGGCUCAAGAAGGGCAAGGAGAAAAUCGCUCACUUUACCAAACGCAAAGAUGGACAAUUGAUGUAUUUUGCUGGUCUCUGGGACUGUGUUCAGUAUGAAGGCUCAGACGAGAAGCUUUAUACGUAUACAAUCAUCACUACAGACUCGAACAAGCAAUUGAAGUUCCUCCACGACCGGAUGCCUGUCAUACUCGAGAAUGGAUCUGAAGAUAUCAGGACAUGGCUUGACCCAAAAAGGCAUACAUGGUCGAAAGAGCUUCAGAAGCUACUUCGACCCUCUGAUGCAGAGCUAGAAUGCUAUCCUGUUAGCAAGGAAGUUGGCAAAGUUGGAAACAAUUCUCCCAACUUUAUCAUUCCGGUUGCAAGCAGCGAGAACAAGUCGAACAUUGCCAAUUUCUUUGCGAAGGGAGCAGCCAAAAGCGAUUCGAACGCCUCUUUUGCAUCAAAGCCCAAGGACGAAAGUCCCAAGAAGGAAAAACCUUCACCACAAAUCAAGAAAGAAGAUGGCGAGGACCGAAAGACUAUCGAUCACGACGGUUCCGAAGACCACGCUCCACUACCAAUCCCCAAGGAGGAAGUCAAGCAGGGCAUCAAGCGAGAGCUGGACGAUAUCCCAGAUGCAGAGGAGCAGCCGAAGAAGGUGUCAAGGACGUCAGUAAGUCCAUCGAAGCCGUCUCCGUCACCAACAAAGCCGACACGCAAGACGAGAAGUGCGACAAGUAAUAAUACUGCAAGUCCGUCAAAACCAAGCAGCAAGGAUAAGGGUAGUCAGAAGAUCACGAGUUUCUUUGGUAAAUAGGAUCCGUAUGCUGUCGCUAGCUGGUGUUGUGGCGUAAUGGAGCUAUAGUCUAGUGUAUGAACAUAUGUCCAUGAAUGUCAAGAGGAUCUUUUGAGAUGACAUGCUCUCGUUGCUAUAAGCUUUCCUAAAUCUAAGGGUGCGCCUGGAAUUCCAUCUUUCCUUCAGAUUAAUAUGUCGAGUAUGCCAUUGUGUCUAUGCCUUUGUUGGUGCAAUUUCAUAUUACCCUUGUAGCGUUGAGUCAAAGCUGGCUGAUUUUCUAAAGUAAAUGCUUUUACUUUCUGCUUUCUUAUAUCUACAAUAGCAGGACUAUAUACAUUUCGAGAUUAAGGGAACAAUAUCACUUAUUUCUGCCGCU